AUGGUGGGUCCUGAGUCCAACCAACAAAUUCAGUGUAGUUCAAGUCUCAAACCCUCUUAUGUCCCCAAAACUCUCACCAACCUUCUGAACAACCUAGCCAAAAUCGAUAAUGUUGAGAAAAAAAUAUCUAUUUUGAAUGAUUACUUGAAAAAGUACGAGGAAGAACUCUCUCGGGUUGAAGAACUUAGACGUGACCUUCCCCAGUGCAUGCUUCUCCUUAUGGACGCAAUUGAAAUCAUAAAGGAUGAAAUUACUAAGACGACAACCAAGAAAGUAGUUUAUGGAGAUCAAGAUAUAUCUGUAUUAUAUGAUCAUAAUUAUCAUAUUAAUGGCCUUGAACUGCAAAGGCGAUUUUCUGAGUUUCUUACAAGCAAAAAAGGGACUUACGAGAAUGAUUAUCGUGAUGAUGAGAUGCAAAUGAAUAACAUUAUCAUCAGCAAUACCAUUUAUAAGAACAAUGUCUCUGAAAAUAAAUACAUAUGUGGAGGUGCUACUAGUACUGAGAAAGGCAAAGCCAAUAAUUUUAACGGCUUUAGUGGCUUUGUCCCUUUGACCCCAUAUCAAGACCAUCUACGUACAACUGACGAGUCUUAUAAUCGCGGCAAAGGAAUAGUGGAGAUAGAUAAUAAGGGAAAAAAUAAAGAAGACAAGGAUGAUGAAGAUGGGUCGAUGAUGAGUAGAAAUUAUAAAAGAAUGGUAGCAGCAGCCGCGGCGGAGAGCGAGAAGAAGAAUGGGAAAAGGGGAGGAUCAGAUGAUGGCGAUGAAAAAAUGGUUAAAUUGAAGAGAAGUGGUAGUGUUAUCAAAGAGAUGAAUGAGAUGAUUCAUAGGGGAGGAGUAAUGCUAAACCAGCCGGAAUAUCAAGGUGGAAGUGGUCAUCAAUUUCAGGCAGAGCAGCACGCCGUAUUUUUGGAUGCCACUUGGAAGAGUACUACUAGGAGAAUUUGGACACCUCAUCUUCAUGAAAGCUUUAUCAAGGCUUUGAAUGUCCUUGGAGGUCCCGAAGUAGCCACACCAAAACAGAUUAAGGAGCAAAUGAAUGUGAGUGACCUCACUAACGACCAAGUUAAGAGCCAUCUUCAGGUAAUCACUAUUACUUUUUUUUAA